ACCUGAAACCACGCACCUUGGAGCGAUUAUAGUGCCAAUAUUUCAUGCAUGAAAAUCCCUCCCUCUUUAACCAAAGCGCUCACUCUCUCUCUCUCUCUCCAAAACCCAGAUUUUUUCUUUUCCUUAAGAAAAAAUGAACUCUGAGCUGAUUCACAGAACCCAAACUAGCAAAACUCCGAAACCCAAUGACACUCUCCACCAGGCACCAAAACCCACAAAUCUUCUUAAAAAAUCCAAAGACCCAUUACUCUACACGUUCAUUGGAAUCGCCAUAGCCACUUUUUUCUUCAAAUUCUUCGACCCUGUAAGUAAAACACCACCACUUUCACAGCGACAGUCCGAGUCGGCUCAGCUCCAGACUCGGCACGUGCUGUACGAGACGACGUCGUCACACUCAUCACACCAUGAUGUGCAUUUUAGCGUUGGUGGGAAAGUGCCACUGGGGUUGAAGAAGAAGGGCCUGAGAAUAUUGGUGACUGGUGGGGCCGGGUUCGUGGGGAGCCACCUUGUGGACCGUCUGAUCAAAAGAGGAGACACUGUGAUCGUCGUUGAUAGCUUCUUCACGGGGAGGAAGGACAACCUGGUACAGCACUUUGGGAGUCCGAGGUUUGAGCUCAUAAGACACGACGUCGUUGAGCCGAUUCUAUUGGAAGUUGAUCAGAUCUACCAUCUAGCUUGCCCUGCUUCUCCGGUUCAUUACAAGUACAACCCGGUCAAGACCAUCAAAACCAAUGUGGUGGGUACAAUGAACAUGCUUGGACUGGCAAAAAGAGUCGGUGCAAGGUUUUUGGUAACGAGCACCAGUGAGGUGUACGGUGAUCCUCUGCAACACCCACAGGUUGAAACCUACUGGGGCAAUGUCAACCCCAUUGGUGUAAGGAGUUGUUAUGAUGAGGGGAAGCGUACGGCAGAGACCUUGACCAUGGACUAUCACAGAGGCCAUGGCAUUGAGGUGAGGAUUGCUCGAAUUUUUAACACAUAUGGACCACGUAUGUGCAUAGACGAUGGUCGUGUAGUUAGCAAUUUUGUUGCUCAGGCAUUAAGGAAGGAGCCAUUAACUGUUUAUGGUGAUGGGAAGCAAACAAGAAGCUUUCAAUAUGUUUCCGACCUGGUGGAGGGUCUGAUAAGACUGAUGGAAGGUGAUCAUGUGGGUCCUUUCAAUCUUGGCAAUCCUAGUGAAUUCACCAUGCUUGAACUUGCUCAGGUGGUACAAGAAACUAUAGACCCUUUUGCAAAGAUAGAGUUCAGGCCCAAUACUGAGGAUGACCCACAUAAGAGAAAGCCAGAUAUUACCAAGGCCAGAGAGCUUCUUGGGUGGCACCCAACUGUGUCUCUUCGCAAUGGACUUCCUCUCAUGGUUGAAGACUUCAAGCAACGUAUAUUUGGCGACAAAAAAGACACUGUUGGCGCAUAAGUUUUAUGUAUGUAUUGUUGAGGGGCAUUGAGAAAAAAAUUAGUGAAAAUAAAAAUUGAAUAAGAGGGAUAAUCUUUAUGAAUAUCUACACCUUUCUGUCACUGUUACUCACAUGAACAGGCCUGGGAGGGAGAGAUUAUUAAUUAUGAGAGUGUAGAGCGAGCAAUCUUUUUUGAGUGUGUAGAUCAAUCUUCUUUACCAAUAUAGUAAAAUAGUUUUUUUGUUAUCA